AUGGCACAAUUUUCACCAUUCUCUGUACAGGAAGGGAUCUCAGAAGUGUUUGGAAAAAUAAUUCCAACAACUGUAUCAACCGAUAACCAUGGUUACAGCAUAGAAAUAGAACAGGAAUUGCUAGGAGCUGAAUUGUCUUCUUUUCAAAAUAUGAAAAAAGAAGCUGGAUCCUCUCCUCCAGUCAACCAGUUGCUUGAUAAACCAGAGACUGUCACCAACAUAGACACUGGGUAUAAAUACCUUAUCAAUGUGGCCUGUCUGAGUGAUGAAGAAAUCUGGACAACAUCAAUCAGGGAUCACUACUCAAGUCAAUCACAAGCAAGUCAGGGAACAAAACCACAGGACAUAGCAGUGACAAAAUGUGGAGAUCUAGUUUAUACUGAUUACAGUGAUAGAAGUGUGAACAUUGUGAAGAAUGAGAAGAUAGAGGAGGUGAUCAGACUACAGAACUGGAAACCUUGGAGUGUCUGUAGUACCUCCUCUGGUGACCUCCUGGUUAUCGUGGUCAGUGAUGAUUACCCAAACCAAACAAAAGUUGUCCGUUACUCUGGCUCCACAGAGAAACAAACCAUUCAGUUUGAUGAUAAAGGUAAACCUCUCUAUUCAUUUGGUAAUUAUGACAGAUACAUAACAGAGAACAGGAAUCUGGAUAUCUGUGUGUCUGUCUGUGGAGCUAGAGCAGUAGUGGUGGUCAAUCAUGCCGGGAAACUGAGAUUCAGGUACACUGGAUAUACUCCUGUUCCAAAGAAUGAACCAUUCAGUCCACUAGGAAUCACCACAGACAGUCAGAGUCACAUCCUUACAGCUGAUUUUAACAAUGAGUGUGUCCACAUCAUAGACCAGGAUGGACAGUUCCUCCGUUAUAUAGACUGUGGACUGAGUGUUCCCUGUGGACUGUGUAUAGAUACAUAUGACAAUCUGUUUGUUGCUCAGUAUGGAAAUAGACAAGUGAAGAAAAUUAAAUAUCAAAAGUGAUCUCAAUUAAAGCUGACUACAAAUAUGAAGGAUACAUUUGAGUAAACAAAUAAAUAUUUAUGUGUAUUAUUGCUCUUUCAAUUUGUCAAUUAAACCUAUUUUGUGGUUCACAUAUAAAAAGAAGAAGAGUGAAUUCAUACAAAAACAGAAACCUGAUUAAGGAAUCUUUUUCUUCGGAAUUUGAGAUUGACAAA